AUGGCCUCCCCUAGUGUUCUCACCUUUGACGCUGAGGGUCGGGCAGUUGACUUUGAGGUCUGGGUAGAUGAUCUGCAGCUUUUCCUCCAGUGCGAUAGGGCAGAUGGUCUCUCCCUGUUUGACCUCACUUCUGGUGCCUCUCCUGCCCCUGCUGCUGAUGCGGACGCCACUGUUCACUUACAGUGGGCCACGUGUGAUGCUGCUGCUCGCCUUGCUGACCACUUCCGCUCAGUUUGCCCCACCACUCUCACAGUUGACCUCCUCGAGAAGGCACUCCUAGCGAUAGAGAAGAGCAUAGUCGCUAUAGGAGCCUCCCGUGGUGACCCUCGCACCCCCGUCUUUGAGGGGUGUUCUCCCUCCCCCCUCUUGCCCUCUAUUGCCUCUACUGCUAAGGUCGACCUUGUUGGUUUCGAGUCGGUUGGCACUGCGUCUGCCCCAAGCGGGAGACGCCGCACCGGCAAGGGCAAAGGGGGCAAGGGCGCUAGAGGGGCUGGAGGGGGCGGUGGAGGUGGUGGUGGAGGCAGUGGAGGGAGUGGGGGUCGCGGUGGGGGUUUUGGUCCCUGCAUUUACGUCCUCCGUACCGGCGACCGAGCUGGUGAGCAGUGCGGAGGCCCGCACUCCACCCUGCGCUGCUUCGGUCGCGUGACGGACGCGUGGCGUCGCCAAUUCUCUGAGGUGUCAGAGAUCCCUCGCUGGGGAGAUCUGUCUAGAGCGGGGGUUGCAGUCUUUGAUCUUGACUAUGAUGCUAUCCUUGCUGCCAUGCAUUGUGUGACUACUAGUGUUGAGGGUGACUGUUACCUGUGUGUACCGCCUGACCCGGGCAUUGAGGCCACUGCUCUAGGUGCUGGUGAGGCUGCUGCUCUAGGUGCUAGUGUGUCUGCUGCCCCAGGUGCCAGUGCGUGUGCUGCCCCAGGUGCAAGUGCGUCUGCUGCCCCAGGUGCUGGUGAGUCUGCUCUCUCAGACCGCACCACUCUUUUGCCGCUCAGUCGGCCGGUUGCAGUCUCCCUUGCAGACCCCUCUGGGGGUCCUGUCCUUGCUAGCUUCUCCACUGUCCUACCGUGCCCGGCAGCCCCCUCUGGCACCCUGUCACGUCUCUACCUCCCCUCGUUCUCUACGAACUUGGUGAGUGGAGCGGACCUACAGGAUAGGGGGGUUGAUCAGUUCACUCCUGCGAGUCAGCGAGUGACUCACUGCACGUGUGCUCGGACAGGCCGACACUUGGCCACGUUCACCCGUCGGCCAGGGUCGAGCCUGUACACCCUUACUACUGAGUCUCCUCCGGCUGCUGAGUCUGCCCAGGUAGAUGCGUCGAGUCAGGUGUUUGCUGCAGCGUCCAGGUCUGGUCCUGAGUCUGCUCCUUGCUCGUGUCGUCUGCUGUCCCACCAAACUCUCCUUUGGAACCACCGCCUUGGUCACCCCUCCUUGCCUCGUCUCCGAGGCAUGCCCUACCUGCGUCCCCUCCGUUGA